AUGGAAUCUUUGGUGGAAUGGUUCACCGCUCAUGGCGGAACAUACGACGAUGCCGCGAUGCAACUAACUGACUUGGAGGGACACGGUCGAGCUGCUGUCGCGUUGCGUGACAUACCCGAGGGGCAUACACUGUUCACGCUUCCGAGGAAUUUGACGCUUUCAACGAGAACCUCUGCCCUCCCAGGCUUGCUUGGUCUCGACGAAUGGAAGCAGCAUGAACUACAUAUUGGCUGGGCGGGUCUCAUACUCUGUAUGAUGUGGGAAGAGGCACAAGGCGCGUCCUCGAGGUGGUCUACGUAUCUUGCCUCGUUACCCAGCUCGUUCGACACCCCCAUGUUCUGGAGCCCAGAUGACCUCGAGGAGCUGAAAGGAACAUCUGUGGUAGACAAAAUAGGCAGAGACGGUGCGGAGGAGGAUUACCGUUCCAAAGUCGUACCUACUCUCCAGAGCAGACCGGACCUAUUCGCCCCUGAAGCCCUAUCUCGUCAUUAUUCGCUCGAAAACUAUCAUCUUAUGGGAAGCCGGAUACUUUCUCGUUCUUUCUCCGUUGAAAGAUGGGAGGGCCAUGCAGCAGACAAGCAAGAAGAUUCCGCUUCUAGCCCCGUCGCCGACACUGGUAGAGACGAAGCCAUGGACGUAGAUACUGAAGCUGUUACCGCUACAGCACCCGAAGCCGAAGAUGGCGUGGAUGAACCCUCAUUUGUUGUUGACGAUGAGAACGACAGCGACGAUGAGGAUGAGGAGGACCCGGCCAAUGUUGCGAUGGUGCCCAUGGCCGACAUGCUGAACGCACGUUACAGGAGCGAGAACGCAAAACUGUUUUAUGAGACUGAAGACCUCCGAAUGAUCACCACAAAACCUAUCCUCAAGGGAGAACAGAUUUUCAACACGUACGGUGACCCUCCAAACUCUGAUCUUCUACGCCGGUAUGGACAUGUCGAUCUCGUCCCACUACCGAAUGGCGACAUAGGAAAUCCAGCCGACAUUGUGGAACUUCGGGGCGACCUUGCGUUCUUCAGCAUUUCCGAACGUCACAAGCAGCCCGUCGAGUCCAGUGCUGAACGUGUUGACUGGUGGCUAGAGGAAGGUGGUGAAGAUGUCUUCAUCUUGGAGACAAAUCACGAGCUUCCUGAUGAAUUAGUGCCCUUCUGCAGGCUACUUCUGCAGUCUCAGUCAGAAUGGGAGAAAACAAAGUCGAAAAGCAAGCUACCUAAAGCGAAGGUUGACGAGUCCAUUCUGUCUACCAUAGCUAAUGCUCUCGAGAGACGGUUGGCUGAGUACCCUACCUCUGUUGAGGAGGAUCAAAAACUCCUGACCGAGCCAUUAUCUCUGAACAGAAAACACGCUGUCAUUGUGCGACUGGGAGAGAAGCGGAUAUUGCAUGGGACACUAUCGACCGUCAAGGAGAAACUGAAGGAGAUGUCUGGCGGACAAGGCAAGAAGAAGAGGAAGGCGGAGGACGAUCAUGAAAAGGGCAGAAGCAAGCGGAGAGGUGCCGGAUCGCGGUGA